UCGGGAAAAAAUCCGCAUCUCCCCUCUGAGUCCAGACCAUUGUUCUGCGUCUCGACCCGGCCUCACGCGUGUCAAAAAUCUGAGGAAUGGCUUCCUAAAUAACUACUCCUUCACGUUACUGGGACUCUGGAGAUCCAGACUCCGCCUGGGGGGAGAGGUCUAAUCGACUAGUAUGAAAAACAAGGUGCUCCCAGGUACUGCAUUUGAAAGAAUAGUGUACAAGAAUCCAUCCGAGUACCAUUACAUGAAGGUUCAACUAGAAUUUAGAGACAGUGGUGCCAGGCUGAGUGCUGCACAAUUCAAGCAACUUAUUAUUUCAUCCCUAAAAGGAGUGUUUGGGGAGGUUGGUGCUGCCUUGCCCUUGGAUAUCCUGACAUAUGAAGCGAAGACUUUAUCGGCCAUAUUGAGAGUCAGUAGUAGUGGUCUUGUCAGAUUGUGGAGUUCUCUCACUCUUCUGGGAUCAUACCAGGGCAGAAAAUGUGCCUUCAGAGUGAUACAGGUUUCUCCGUUUCUUCUUGCAUUAUCUGGUAAUAGUAGAGAACUGGCGUUGGCCUAAAUAGUCCCCUGAACUAACAGGCUGCAGCUCCGGUCCAUUAACGCUUAGAGAUGAUCCUGAUGGUUUUCGGUCACAGAAUUCUGAGGGGAGUGUUUCAGAGAAAUGGUUGUCAUAGCCUGACUAAACAAAGCGCCAUCUGUUUUUUCCCCUUGAAGCAACAUU